AUGUUCGCAGUGUUGGGUCGCAACGCUCGUCUACUUCUCGGUGCUUCCGCGAUUCUUUCCGUCCGCCGUGGCAGAAGAAGCGGCCGGGUCGGCCGAGCCGCCGAUGGUGCCGUUGAGGGUGCUGUCGUGGAACUGCCGCUUCCUCCUGGAAAGCCCGGCAACGCCUUCCUCGAUUUGCUGAAGUACGUGAAGGAUCCUGAUGGAUACAUCGCUGAGCGAGUCGAAGCAUAUGGGCCGGUGUUUCAGAUGAACUACUUCGGCCGGAAAACUGUUAUUGUAGGUGGUGCGGACGGCGUGACCGGCUUUACUAAUGUUGAGAAGAACAUCACAAAGUCUGCUUUGCCAGAUACUUUCUCGCAGCUGCACACUGAGUACGGCACUAUGAAUCUUGCGGGGGAGGCCCACAAAACCAGCCGUGUGGGACUGAUCAACUCUGCGCUAUGUGAGGAGGCCUUCGAGUUCUUCCUACCGGUAAUCAAGGCACGCUGCUCAGAGUUUCUGGAUUCUGUGGAGUCCAGAGGCAAAUUCCGGCCGGCGCAGGAGCUCAAGGACUGGAGUGUGACACUCUUCGCCGAGCUCUUCACCGGCAUCCCAUUCGACAGGGACAUGAUGCGGCUGCUCUACAGCUACAACGAGGGGCUCUAUGGGCUGAUUCCCCUGAAGCUCCCCUUCACGGCUUUUGGCCGCGGUUUUCGGGCCAAGGACGAGCUUGUUGGCCGGCUCCGGCGACAGAUCGAGGAACUGACGCAGAGUGGCCAGAUCGAGGAGCCAAAGUACUCGGCAUUGCGGCGCAUGAUGAAGAGCGAGGAUGAAAACGGGGAAAACUGGAGCGUUGAUCGCGUGGCCACCGCCUCCAUGCUCAUGGUUUGGGGUGCCUACGUGGAGCUGGCAUCUCUGCUGUCCAAUGCCAUCUGCCUGAUGUCCUCUGCUUCUGAGGUGCGGGACAAGGCCUACGCAGAGGCCAGUGCAAAGCCUGCAGGCACCCAGAGCGAUCUCAAGAAGCUCAGCUACCUGCAGGCAAUUCUGGACGAGACGCUCCGAGUAAAGCCGCCGAGCGGGGGCGGAUUCCGUCUGGCAGAGGAGGACAUCGAAAUUGCCGGGUACCGCAUCCCCAAAGGCUUCGUGGUCUCAGCGGAUCCGCGCAUUACCAACAUGGACCCCGCGCUCCACGCCAUGCCGGAGAGCUUCAACCCAGAUCGCUUUGCGGAGCGCCCGGCCCAGUCCUUGCCAAAGGGUACCUGGUUCCCUGGUGGUAUCGGCCUUCACGGCUGCCCCGGCAUCCCGUUGGCCAUGAUCAUCUCCAAGGCGUUUUUGGCAGACUUCGUCCAGCGAUUCUCCAGUUGGCGGCCAGCAAGAGGGAGCGAAGGCUGGGUGAACAUUCCCAUCCGGAUCCUCGGGGACAAGUACGAGGUGGAAGUUGAGAAGCGAUGA